AUGAAGUUCUUACCCCUCCCCGAUAUCGAAGACGUGACGAGUUCAUUGAAUUUCGAUACCGCCGAUUGUCACAUCCUCGGCGGCUGCGACCUGUAUACCACCAAGGCCGCUCGCGCCGACCGGAAACUGUACAAGAACAUUGAGCAGUCCCUUGAAGCCCAAUAUGAAUCCGUCCUUCGACUGUCCGCAUCGCUUUCUCCGCCCAACGCGUCAGACGCGGCCGCCUCCCUGAAUCUAUCGCGGUCCAGUCCCUUCGGACCCCUGAGUGAGCAUUCGAGCCGGCGCACGUUUGCCUACUUGAUCGCGACCCUCAACGCGAGCCAUCCGGACUACGACUUCUCACAUGUGCUACGGCCGUCAGACUUCCAUCGCGAGCGGAACCUGAAGCGCGUGAUGAAUACCAUCGAUACGACGCUGUUCAAUCUGCGCCCACGCGAGACCAUGGAUAUGACACCCCCUUCACCGGUGACCGUGUCCGGAUCCUAUAACGCCGGAGCGUCAUCUACCUGGGGCCCUCGCAUGUGGCGAAUUAUCGACGAACAGAUGUCGCUGAAGGAAUGCUCCAUAUACUCGUACUCUCCAGAGGAAGACCCCUCUGAUGCCGAUGACGGUGCUAUCUGGAGCCUCCAUUACUUUUUCUUCAACCGUAUUCGGAAGCGCGUGUGCUAUCUCUACUUGCGCGCGAUUCCCAUCCUGAGUCACACACCCAGCGAAGGCGAUGGGUUCGCCACACCCACGACGAAGCGCACGUUCGAUGAUGGCUACUUGACCCCCGACCUCGGAUCGAGCAAGCGGGCCCGCUACUGGCUUGGCGAACACGUUGAUCUGGAGCAGGAAAGCUCCAGCGAGGAGGAAGCGACGUCAAAACCGUCGCGUCCUGUGGUCGACGAAUACGACAAUUAUCUGCUCAGCGAUGAAGAGUUCCGUUCUCGCUCUGGUAGCAAGGGAACUGUCCGCGCCAUGAGCGAGGAAAUUGCGGACUCGAUGGAAGUCUAA